UGUGCUUGAAAGUUUAAUGGGCUCACUAAUGGAAUGAGCCAGGAUCAGCCCAAGUCCCCUUAAGACCCAAAAAAACCCUAAAAUGGGCUGAGAGAUUCGUUCACACUCAAAACGACGUCGCUUUAAGGAAACGCAGGCAGCAUAGUUUCCCUUUCACGACGGCUACAAAGACCUGGAUUUCUCUUCUCAAGCCAUUGAUCUCAGUCCCUUGAAUAAAAAAUCAGAAUCGUCAUCUCCUUCAAAAGAAAGGAGAACUUGAAAUGGCAGGGAGAAAUCGCUUUCCUCGUGAUGCAUUUGAUGGUCGGCGUGGGUUCCCACCUGAAGGACCUUUCCUGCGUGGUCCUCCUUUGCCUCGGCUGCCUCCUCACCCAGCAAUGCUAGAGGAAGAAUUUGAAAUGCAGCAUGCUGAAAUGAGGAGACUUUUCGGUGAAAAUCGUAGACUAGUUGAAGAUAGAAUGGCUUUGCAGCAAGAACUAGGCGUUGCAAAGGAGGAACUUCAUCGUAUGAAUCUUGCUAUUGGCGACAUACGAGCUGAACAAGAACUGCACUCUAGGGAGCUUAUUGAGAAAGGUUUGAAGCUUGAAGCUGAUCUGCGGGCAACGGAGCCUCUGAAAAAUGAGGCUGUUCAACUCCGUUCUGAAAUUCAGAAGCUCAAUAACAUUAGGCAAGAUCUUGCUGGACAAGUUCAGAACCUCUCGCAAGAAGUUGCAAGACUACAAGCUGAUAAUAAACAAAUUCCUCUUUUAAGAGCUGAGAUUGAGGGUUUGCACCAGGAGCUUAUGCGUGCUAGGACUGCUGUUGACUAUGAAAAGAAGGGUAACAUUGAGCUGAUGGAACAGAGACAGGCAAUGGAGAAGAAUUUGGUCUCGAUGGCACGUGAAGUUGAAAAGCUACGUGCUGAACUUGCAAGUACUGAUGCUAGACCAUGGGGUGCUGGUAUAUCAGGCGGUUCGUAUGGGAUGAAAUUUGGCAGCCCAGAUGGCGGAUUUCCUGCUCCAUAUGGAGAUGGAUACGGGGCUCAUCUGGGUGCUGCUGACAAGGGUCCUUUCUAUGGUUCGGGCUCUGCAUCAUGGGGAGGACUUGAGAAACCUCGUGCUACACGUCGUUGAGAUGCAGAUGGUACUUGGAUUGCAACAAGAAGUGCACUUGCUACUUUCUGGCUGUCCAUUAUCGAAUAUAUGAAUGAGAAGAAAGAUUUAGAUUCAUCUUAUAUGUGCAUGCUUCAUCAAUAGUCUUUAUCUGAACAUUGUUAGUAAUCCUAAACUGAUUCAUAUAGGAGCUCAAAUGUUGCUUUGCUUUUAAGUAGAGACAAUGAGCUCUUUUAUAUAUCUGAGAUUAUCACAUAGUACUUUUAAACA